AAAGUAAAAGAAGGCAUCUCCAUAAUUUCACACUUUCAUUCCACUCAUUACAGUCAGAGUCAGUCACAGGCUCGCAGAGAGAGAGAGAGAGAGAGAGAGCAGAGAAAGGGUGGAUGUGGAGGGUGUUCUUCUUCUCUCUGCUGAAAAGAACAAGUCUCGUCCUGCUUUUGCAAGCAAACCUCUGAUUUAUUACCAAAUCAGAACCAGACACAGUCAGACUUUCUCUCACUUUUGAAAGCAAAGCAAAGCGCAGAAGAAAAAGAGCACAAAAUGAGUGAAGACGCCAAGAGAAGCGUCCCCGGAGCUCUGUCGGCAAAGCCUAAUUCCGAUGACCGGAAACCCUCGCCGGCGGUCACCACAGCCACCGGCAAGCGUGUCAUCAUCAAGAGCGCCGACAUGUUCCAGGAUAUGCAGAAGGAGGCUGUCGACAUCGCCAUCGGCGCAUUUGAGAAGCACAGCGUCGAGAAGGACGUUGCGGAGUAUAUUAAGAAGGAGUUCGAUAAGAGGCAUGGACCCACUUGGCAUUGCAUCGUCGGUCGUAAUUUUGGUUCAUAUGUGACUCAUGAAACAAACCACUUUGUUUACUUCUACUUGGAUCAGAAAGCAGUUUUGCUAUUUAAAUCCGGUUGAACACGGUUGUCAUGUUGGCAAAGAUGGAGAUGAAAAGAAUGACGAGCCUGAAAUUGUGAUGCCAUAAGUUGCACCUGUAUGUAUUAGUUGAAAUCUGCUAGCUUGCAAACCGCUUGCUUAACAUUUUCGUGUGCUUAACUUGUAUAUCUAAUAUCACUUCUACGGGCUGUGAACCUUGGAUAUGAAUUUCAGUCUUUCAAAUGAAUUGUUUCUCUAAACUUGGCUCUUUA